CUUAACUAUAUUUAAACUAAAAAUUCCCAAUAGCACCUUAACUGAAGAAAUUGCUAAAAUGCAGGCAAUAGUUAAAAUAAAAAAAUUUUUAUGUACUUCAAUAGAAAUUUUAAUUUGGUACAAAUAUUUUAGUCCAAUUAUUACUGUUGGAAAUAUUACAGGAAGCUUGAAAUUAUGGGGUUCUCUUAAACAAAAUGCUUUUGCAAAUGAUAAUUAUGGUUGGAAUAUCGCUAAUGUGAUAAAAAAAUAUACAGCAAAUCUAAACAUCACAGAUUUAUCUAGUUAUCUUGACAAUCAUCCAAUUUGUUAUGAUGCUGCUCCUUCGGACUUACGAACGACCUCAUUUAAUUACUCAAGUCCAAAAAGAACUCCUACAACCUUUAGAUUUAUAGAUCCUGUAAAUAAUUCUCAAAGUAAUUUACAACAAA